AUCCCUGCGCUACGUGGUUGCGUUAGGCAGCGCCCCGGGUCCCCCCUUCCCGCCGUCGGACGGGAGGAGGCCGCCACCGGCGGGAAGGGGAAAUGCCCGGUGUUUGCCGGCGCCCGCCUGCGGCCUUCGGGGGGCGUCUCACGGAGACAAAAAUUCCCAUUCGAGGCUCCUGGUCUUCCUGCUGCGGAGCGCUGAGAAGUGUCCCGGAGGGACAAUUUUCUGCCAGAGCAGCCAGCUGAUCUGACUCGCUGUAUGUCUGCUCCAUCACUCAACCAGGUCCACGGAAAGAGGCAAGGGUACACAUCCUGAUGGGAAGAAGAAAGGCAGAUCAUGGGGCAAGAGAGCCGGUGGAGGAUACAGAUCCAAGCACUCUUUCCUUAACAAUGACUGAAAAAUAUCCUGUCCAAGACACGGGAGUACCUAAAGUCUUUGUUUUAGAUGAGGAAUACCUAACAGAUCAAGUUACAUUGGAAAUUGCAUCUGUGAACAUCAAGACCCUUACAUCAGAUUCUGGCCUAAUCCAACAGCCAGAAGACAAAGACACGCAAAGCCAUACUGAUGAAUCACUUUCAGAUCUCAAGAAAACCUGCAAGGAAAAUGGCACCUGCUCCUUGUGCUUAUUCCGCGCGCCGACCAUCAGUGACAUGCUCAAUGAUGAGGACUUGUUGUACACAGUGAGGCUAAAGCUGGAUCCCUGCCACCCAACAGUGAAAAACUGGAGAAAUUUAGCAAGCAAGUGGGGGAUGACUUAUGAUGAAUUGUGUUUCCUUGAACAGAAGCCUCAAAGUCCCACCUUGGAGUUCUUGCUACGGAACAGUGACAGGACUGUGGAGCAGCUGAUUGAUCUCUGUAAAUUUUAUAAGAGAAUUGAUGUUGUGAAAGUGCUGCUGAAAUGGGUGGAGGAGGAAUGGCCCAAGAGAGGGAACAGAACUUACCAGAAUGACUUCUAGGUCAAAGAAAGUUGUUAGUUUGUACGUGUUAAGCACUGGGACAAGCUGCCACUAGUACAUGGGAAGUUUCCCUUGCAAGAGAGAGAGAGCCUGUAUUGAUGGUUUGUAUACUGUGUAAGCUUUAUGUACUGUAUACACAUACAUAUGUUCUGUGCCCUCAGGGUUGCAAAGAUAACCUGCCAAAGUGGAUGGAAUAAUGCAGGCUGUGUUCUUGAGUCUACAAAUGCCUUUAGUUUCUUUGCUGCUGUUCUUAGGCUUCCUAAGCAGAAGAGGAGUGAAAAAGCCAGGCCACUGGUUUUACUGCAGCAGCUAUGAACCAUGUCAAUUGUCUGCUGUUGCUAUUGGGAAAGCUACAAUUAGAAGGCAAGUCUCUUGGCCUUUCCGGCAGCCCUUCCACAAUCUUUUAUGUUCUACCUAGUAGAAGAUGAUAAGGUUUUGUUUUGUGUGGUUUUUUUUUUUUCCUCUUUUGUUUUUUAUUUUUUUAAGCUUUAUGACGCUGGUUUUGGCACAGGAACACCUUAGUGUUCCAACCAGCAGUUUGGAUUUGCAUGUUACAAUUCAUUCAACAUUUCAACAUCACAUUCAGGCAAAUUAAGCUUUAAUUCUCUUGUAUAAACAAGAAUAGAUGUUAAACAAAAUAAUUAUUUGUGUACUUCUACAUCAUAGGGCAUAUAUUUGCUAUAGAAAAAUCAUGCAAUUCAAAGACACUUUUCAGCCCAUAACCACUAGGGACCAAAAAAACCCACAACAAUUAAAAUGCUUUAUAUUUAAAAUUAGUUUCCAAAGUUUUGAAGAAAAUACAUACACUGAGUGUACUUACCUGUUUAUCUCAAAUGCCUCUCUCCCUUUGCAGUGUGAGACGACGGCUAAUGCCUCACCCACAGUAUAUCCUUAGUAUUGAGUAUAACUUCCCUUUUCAUGGGCUGUGGUUUUCUUCACAGUCCUGUGGGUUAGCCAACUUUGUCUCACACCAAAGUAAUUGUACAUGUGAAACUAGCACAAGUUUACGUAUUGAUGAAAGCCACUCUAAUGGGAAAUUAACAGGUCAAUUAAUCCACAGUCCAGGUGGAUGGUUAUUAAAGCACUUAUGGUGGUUUAGACUUAUGUUUCUCAAAUAAUUUUGAUACUCUGAAUUACGCUGUUUACAUUGUCACUAUUUUAGAAAUUGGUCUUUUUCCUAGCAUUCUUCUGUGUUCUAAUGUUUUGAAAAAACUCCUGAAAAAUCAGUUAUAUAAUACAAGGUAUAAAGUACUUGUGGCAAUAAUGCCACACACAGAAAUAUUGUGAUUUAAACAUCUACUAGUUAUUACCCUUGCUAAAAGCAUCUCAGACAAUACUAAUAUGUACAUAGGUGUAUAUAUUGAAGCACUGGUGAACAGUAUGUCAAGAUGUGGGGCAAAACUAGAAUGGGGCACAGGUUGAUGCACUGUUUACUUUUCUCGACUAGAAAUGACUAAGAAUUAGUAGCAAAGCUGAGGGAAGUCUAAUGCUGUAUACUGAGUUUCUUAACUGUAACAGAAUGAAAAGGGACCUCUAGUGAUACUAUUCUAUAGAUACUGAGUGAUACGGUUACAGAGGAGCUGGAAGUAAAGACUAACAUUUUCAAUGUCAGGCACUAGUUCUGGGGUGACAUAAAUUAGCUUUAUUUUAGUGGCUUCAAGAAGCUGAAAAUCUAGUUUCAAGGUAAAAGACUGACCUAAAUUUGAGGCUUGAUUUUUUUUUUUUUUUAUCUUUUUUAAAAUGCUUUUGGAAGACUGGAAUUUUUAAUAACUUUUUUUUAACUAUUCCUCAAAAAAGCUGCUGCUCUUCAGAACAGUAAGUUUUCUAGCCAUAUUUUAAAGAGGAAAUUGUACUGCUCUAUUUUGUUGGGGCUGCAGUUCAAAUGUUUCACGACCCUCUUCUAGGAACAGGGAUUUCCCAAUAGAUAUCUGUCAACCCUAACUUUUGCAAGUAAUCUUCUGUCUUUAGUUUGGAGCUCUAGAAUCAGCUUUGAGAACUAUUGCUGUGGCUGGGCUGCCUGCUAUUUUCAGUUCCUACACCAGGCAUCCACUGCAUAUGGGCAAAUAGCUCGUAAUACAACUUGUCCAAUGUACUCCCUGUACCUUGGGCCUAUGAUAUGCAUGGUUUAGGAUCAUGUGUCACGUUGUUCUUCAGGGUUAUGAGUGCUGGCACAUAGGCCAAACAGUUUUUUCUUCCCCAUAACAUACCACUGUUCUAUCUGUGUGUUAUUAUAAUGUGUUCUGAUUUGUAUAUCCAGUCCAGCAAGGAACUGGGCCUCUCACCUAAGACUCACAAUGUGUACAUGAAACGAUGCUGAUGCAGCAGCAUUUCUGAAUCAAGAUGUUCAAUUGAAAUCUACCCCUUUUCCUGUUUUCUGGCUAAAACGUGUGAAAUUUUGAAGGAACACUGUUGUCUUGUGGAAAUGAGUUCUGAUCCGUUGAAGCUCUUGAAAAGUCAAUGUCAGCUGCAAGGAUUCAUGUCUGAUGGAAAUAAAGCUGCUUCUGAGAGUUCAUAUGUGGAUUCUGCAUAAAUUCAGCACUGAAGAUUGAAAAUGUUAGUCUUAAACAAACACUGGAUUACUCAUUAGUAUACUUGAAAUAUUUUUUUCCUCUUUGUAUGGCAUGAAUUGAGAUGUACACACUUUUUUUAGUUUUAUAUCUGUUUACAAGAUACUGGGUCUGAGUGUUAAGCUUAUUCUUAUAUCUUCUGUUAUAAUGCAUACUAUUUUUAGAAGAAAUAUAGAUUGUCACUGUUUGA